GUUAACGAAGAAGGAGCUGAGGCCGCGGCUGACACUGGAUUUGGUGAGAUGCAGCAGUGCGCAUCUUUCGGUCCACCACCGGUGGAAUUCAAAGUCACACAUCCAUCGCUGACCAUGCGGGAACGCAAUUAUUCCUGGGUCACGUGA